GUUAUUAACAUAAUUAAUGCUGCCCAGGAAAACAGCCCCAUCACAGUAGCAGAGGCCUUGGACAGAGUUCUGGAAAUCCUGCGGACAACAGAACUUUACUCCCCUCAGCUAGGUACCAAAGAUGAAGAUCCUCACACAAGUGAUCUUGUUGGAGGUCUGAUGACUGAUGGCUUAAGAAGACUGUCAGGAAACGAGUAUGUGUUUUCUAAGAAUAUGAACCUGAGCCAUAGUAACCUUUCAGUGCCAAACACCAUCAAUGAUGUUCCGCCCUGUAUCGCACAGCUCCUGGAUAAUGAGGAAAGCUGGGACUUCAAUAUUUUUGAGUUGGAGGCUGUUACAAACAAAAGGCCGUUAGUGUAUUUGGGCUUAAAAGUUUUUGCCCGGUUCAGGGUCUCCGAGUUUUUAAACUGUUCGGAAGCAACGCUGCGAGCGUGGCUGCAGGUGAUUGAAGCCAACUACCACUCCUCCAACUCAUAUCACAACUCCACGCACGCGGCAGAUGUCCUACAUGCUACUGCCUUCUUUCUUGGGAAGGAGAAAGUUAAGGGAAGCCUUGACCAUUUAGAUGAGGUGGCUGCAUUAAUAGCUGCCACCAUCCAUGAUGUAGACCACCCUGGACGGACGAACUCUUUCCUGUGCAAUGCAGGCAGUGAAUUAGCUGUCCUUUACAACGAUACAGCUGUAUUAGAGAGUCAUCACACAGCACUGGCGUUUCAGCUUACAACUAAAGACAGCAAAUGCAACAUUUUCAAGAAUAUUGAUAGAAAUCACUACUGGACGUUGCGACAGGCCAUUAUUGAUAUGGUUUUGGCAACAGAGAUGACAAAGCACUUUGAGCACGUGAACAAAUUUGUGAACAGCAUCAACAAGCCAAUGGCAUCUGAGGAGAUCAGCUCACAUAGCGAAGGCAGCGACUGUGAAUGUACAGCCAAUAUAAAGAAUUUCCCAGAUAACCAGACACUGAUCAAGCGCAUGAUGAUCAAAUGUGCGGAUGUAGCAAAUCCAUGUCGCCCCCUAGAGCUAUGCAUCGAAUGGGCAGGGAGGAUUUCAGAGGAGUAUUUUGCACAGACUGAUGAAGAGAAGAGACAGGGUCUGCCUGUUGUAAUGCCAGUAUUUGAUAGAAACACCUGCAGCAUCCCCAAGUCUCAAAUUUCCUUCAUUGAUUAUUUUAUAACAGAUAUGUUCAAUGCGUGGGAUGCAUUUGCGCAUCUGCCUGUUUUAAUGCAACACUUGGCUAAUAAUUACAAACACUGGAAAACACUGGAUGAGUUAAAGUGCAAGAGUCUCAGGCUCCCAUCAGAAAACAACUAA